AUGAGUGACAGGUAUCACAAGGCUGCUCGGGAUGGUUACCUGGAUCUGCUGAAAGAGGCGACCAAGAAGGAGCUGAACUCCCCCGAUGAGGAUGGCAUGACUCCUACCCUCUGGGCGGUUUACCAUGGCAACCUGGAGGCGGUCAGGCUGAUCGUCAGCAGAGGUCUGGCGAUGGCUGGAUUUGAACUCUCGCACUUGGGCAGCCUUGCCCUCAGUUGCCUGGGGCCCGAAGCUCUGGGAUUCUCCUCCACCCCCACACCACCCGGACCCUGGACCCUUGUCUUUGUUCCAGACAUUCUGGAACUGGUGAUCAUUCCACAACCAUCUCCUUCUGUGGCCCAGGGUGUUGUGGAUGAGGGAUGUCUCUGCUCCACCAAUAUCUGCCUCAUCUUCCAGACUGGUUAUUACUACUUAUACCCUUUCAACAUUGAGUACAGUCUGUUCGCCUCCACCAUGCUUGGUGUGAUGUGGAAGAACGUGGGCAGGUCGAUCGGGGAACAGGAGCAUCUGGCCCAUCACCAACUCCAUUUCCAUGGCCUCUUGCUCGGCCCAAGCCUUGGGACUGCUGAGAUCCUGAUUGGUCUGGCAAUCUUCAUUCUCUACGAGGUGGAAGUGACGGAUGAAGGAGGAGAGAGCUGGGCUCUGACUGCUUACUACCUCUUUAACAUUGUGGCUCUUGCUCUGACCACCAUCGUUGCCUUGGUGGGCUGCUGCGUGCACCGAUUUGACCGAAGGGGCAGUAACAGUGACAAGAGCCCAGCCAGGCAUCUGGACUUGGCACUCUUGCUUUGGGCAGCGUUGGGCCAGUUUCUGAUCUCCUACUUCAGCCUGGUGGCGAUUGUAUCUAUCCAACCCUUCGGGCUGCUGAGUGCCCUGAACCUGCUCUUCUCUGUCCUCACCAUCUCCCAACACAUUCUGCAGAACGCCUUCAUCACUGAAGGUUUAAGUAGGAAACCAUUUGCAGAGGGGAGUCACCCUGAUGUCAGGAAUUCUAACAGUGAGGGUCUUGCCAUUGUGAAUAGUACCCAUUGUCUCGCUAGGGAUGCCAUGGAAUUUUGCAUCCAGAAUCCCCUUUCCCAAACUAGCUCCAACCCAACCGGAAUCACUGUUCAUCAAGAAACUGGUUCAAGCCACCUGGAGAGUACAUCCCAAACUCAGGAAGAUCAGCUCUCUGUCCCUGCCAACAGGCUCAGCUCCAAACGACGGAUCCUGAAGGAGGUGUCUGCAUUUUUACUCUUGUCCAAUGUCAUUUUCUGGAUCAUGCCGGCUUUUGGGGCUCGACCGCAUUUUGCUAACGGUCUUGAAGAAAGUUUUUACGGCUUCCAAAUCUGGGCAACUGUAGUCAAUAUUGGCCUUCCUUUGGGAAUAUUCUACAGGAUGCACUCAACUGCCUGUCUACUCGAGGUCUACCUCAUAUCCUAA